UCCAAACUCCAAGCCCUAACACGUAGAGUACGUUAGUUAAUCCACGGACAGAUCGAUUCAUCCAUAGGCAUCGACGACCAAUGUCAUCUCUGCUGUGGCGUUCUGCCGCCGCCGCCGCCCGACGGCAGCUCGGCCGGCCGCCCUCCGCGAGGACGACGAUUCGCUCCAUGGCCUCCUCCUCUUCCUCAUCGGAGAACACGAAGGGAACAAGCUGGCUCAUCAUUGCCAACAUCGUUGUAUUGUCGGCGUGGAUCACCCGGCUGAACAACAAGACCAAAGCGCACACGGAGGAGAUUCAGAGGCUGCAGGCGUCCAACACCGAGCUGCAGGACCAGCUGAAGCGGGAUCUCACGAGCAGGCGGCGCGCCACAAACCGAGCAAAUUGAGAGAUAUUUGCGUGCUGGUAGACGCGUACGUGCAUUGCAGACACA